AACAAUGAUGUUGACAUAUCUAGCAGUAUUUGCUGCCCUUCUUAUAGGCAUUGAAGCUGGAGCGCGUGGAGGAUCUGAUUAUGACCCAUAUAUACCCCGGGGUGAGGUUUACACUGGACCAUGUGAGGGAGGGUACAAAACAUACAAUAGGAGAGAUUGUGCAGACUCGUACAGGGAACUUAGAAGAGAAAAUGCUUAUGCUGGAUUGAGUAUGCAGCAAUACACAUGGCAAUGUGAUCAUAUGUACCAAUGGAUGUCUCAUGCCGCAAAUAAGACAGGUGGUGGUGCGAGAUUCACAAUUGCCCAAUCUAACUGGUUAAGAGAACUUUUAGAUCAUCUGAUUGAAUCAUUGCAG